AUGAGAAGGGUGGACAAUAUUGAAAGUGGAUUAUAUCAAGACAGGAUAGUUGGAGAAACAUCACAAUUCACAAUGCCUGCCCCGCCGCUAGCUAUGUAUAUGGGGACACAACUUAAGAAUAUGGAUAGUGCAAGCUCUUAUGGCCGACCUGAUACGCCAAGUUUACCUACUCUUGCUGACGAAGGAGAAGCUUUGAAUACUCGUGGGGUAGUCAUUGUGAUUCCCAGGGUUAAUCAUAGAGGUGAGAAGACAAAAUCAAAGAUACCGAUAUCUAGGUGGAGAAGAAAAGUUGGUGGCUAA